AUGCCAGACAAAAGUAGAAUUAGAACUAUAAAGAUGUCUGGUGAAGGUUCUAUUGCUCUGCAUAGGUCCAGAUUCAUUAAUUUCGAGACCGGGAAUAUCACUGCAGUUUCCUUUUCUCACAAGUCGAAUGUAGGGAAGCUUACGCCAUCAGAUUUACGUUUGGCAAUCGGUAGAUCAAAUGGUACCAUUGAAAUUUGGAAUCCAAGAAAUGGGUGGUUCCAAGAAAUGGUUAUUAGAUCUGGUAAGGAUAGAUCAAUUGAAGGUUUGUGUUGGAGCAACGUUGCUGGUGAACCACUAAGACUUUUCUCCAUCGGUGGAUCCACUGUAGUAACAGAAUGGAAUUUGGCCACAGGUUUACCUCUCAAGAACUACGAUUGUAAUGCAGGUGUGAUAUGGUCCAUUUCAGUGAAUGAAAAUCAAGAUAGAUUGGCAGUUGGGUGUGACAAUGGCACUGUAAUGAUUAUUGAUAUUUCUGGAGGACCUGCUUCAUUAGAUCAUGAUACCAUUUUGAUGAGACAAGAGGCAAGAAUAUUGUCAUUGACAUGGAAGGAGAACGAUUUUAUUAUUGGUGGAUGUUCUGAUGGUAAAGUAAGAAUUUGGCACGCUAAAGUAGAUGAUCCUAAUAGAGGUAGAUUAUCUCAAACUAUGAAAGUAGACAAAUCAAAGAAAGAAUCUACACUAGUGUGGUCAGUAAUUUAUCUACCUGGAAGAAAUCAAAUAGUUUCUGGUGAUUCUACUGGUGCUGUUAAAUUUUGGGAUUUCCAGUUUGCUACGUUGGCACAAUCUUUGAAAGUCCAUGAAGCUGACGUUCUUUGCUUAACUACUGAUGCUACAAACACCCACGUAUUCAGUGCUGGUGUUGAUAGAAAGAUUUUUCAAUUCACCUUUGUCAAUUCUAAGUGGACUAAUACUUCUAACAGAUUAUUACAUGGGAAUGAUGUGAGAUCUAUGUGCUCCUACCAAUCUGGUGGUGCUGAUUUCCUCGUAUCAGGUGGUGCUGAAAAAAGAGUUGUAAUUAGUACUCUUUCGUCCUUUGCUGAUGGGAAAUUCAGAAAGAUGCCAGUGUUUGUUCCUUUCACCAAAAACAUACUAGCUAAUGUAGAGCAAAGAUUAGUUGUUAUGUGGCAUGAAUCUACGGUAAAGAUAUGGAAUGUUGGUCAAGAAUUAGACUCGGUUAAAAAUUAUAGAUUAGUGGCCAAGUUGGUUCUUAAAGAUGAACAAGAUAUUUCUGCGUGUGAUAUGUCUCCAGAUGGACAGGUUCUUGUAGUGGCGAGACCCUCUACUACUAAAGUAUUCCACUUACAACCUGCAUCUACUAAGCUAUUAGUCACUAAAUUGGAUAACGGAUUUUUGUCCCAAACGGGUUGUAAACUGGUCAAGUUUAUCGAUAACUCUAAACUUGUAGCUGUCUCUUCGGAUGAUGAACUUUUCACUUUGGAUUUAGAAUCAGAGGAAGAUGAAACUGCUAAUUACAUUGAACUACCAGAAGUCCCAAGAACAAAGAGUUCAGUCAAAGUACCUUAUUUGAAUACAAUUAACCAUUUGGAAGUUCAAGGCCCUCUGGCGGUAAUUAGCCGCUACUGCGGUGCAGUGGAUACCGUCAACUUGGAAACAAACAAGAGUCAUUCGUUGGUACGUCUAAUGAAUUUCAUAACAGUUAUCAAGAUAAACAAAAAGAGAAACACUGUAAUACUGGUUACUGCAGAAAAUAAAAUCUUCGAGUUCAAAAUUAGUCAAGAUGAUGAAGAAACAGGUCUACUGACUCCAUGGUCUAAGAACAAUACUGAAAACAUGCCUAAGCAAUGGCAGACAAUAAGAGAAAAAUGUAUGGGGAUCUUUUAUGAUCAAAGUUCACCAGAUAAGAUUUGGUUUUGGGGACCUACUUGGAUUUCCAGAUUAGAUUUUACCACUGACUUCCCCUUGAGUAAAAGAAGAAAGACUAAAAAGCACGGUCCUGAUGGAUUGACCAUUACUGAUGAAAGUAAUUUCCUAAACGAUGGUGAUGAAGAUGAUGAGAACGAUUUAGAUAUGGAUGAAAAUUUGGACAUAAUAUCUUCCCAGUUUAGUAAUUUUAGACAGAAGGAUGCUCACAAGAGCAAGUCCGAAAAUUCAAACUUCUUCUUCUCAGAGAAAUAUAGACCCAUUCUCUAUGCAGAUGUUUUGUCUGACCAAGAAGUAAUUAUUGUGGAAAAACCUGCAAGCAUGGGAAUUUCCACUGGUGCAUUUGACCUACCAAAAUUGGUUUUUUAG